UUCACGUUCAGCAUCACACCCAUUCCGCUUUGUGAUUCUAUAAUAACGACAUAACGCCACUGCAUCCUCCAAACCACAACUAUACUGCAGACUAUAUUUUUCAACGAUGUACUUAUAUUCAAACAAUAAUAAUCGUUUCUAAAUUUUCCCCGUAAUCCAAACGGCCUUUUAUUAUACACAAUAAUAUAAUAUAUUAUUUGAUGGUCCGUCGCCGCAUUAUUUAUCGAAAAUUUGGUGUGGCAAACGUACCAAACAUUGACGAAUAAGAUCGACGACAUUUCGGUCAUGUCAGGACCGACGCUUAAAAGACUGUCAACCCCGUACUUAUACGUAUUGUGGUUUGCUACAUUGCUUUUUCAAGUAACUGUAAUAACCGUUUCUGGUCAAGAGGAAACAAUCGCAUCAAACAUUGAUUUAACAAUAAUGGAAUUGUUCCCACCGCCAUGUAAAUGCGUACCGUAUUAUUUAUGUCGGAAUAAUACGAUUGAUACAGCUGGGACAUUUGUAUUAGACCUAAGGUUUCAAAAUGUUUCAUGUGAUAACGAAUUUGAAAAAUGUUGCUACGAUCCUGUUCCACCGACAAAAGUUGAUAUACCUGUAAAGCGUACGAUUUGUGGCCAUCGAAACUCUGACAAUACUGGCAUAUUAAACGCACGAAUAAAUGGAUAUGAUACGAAAUUCGGCGAGUUCCCCUGGAUGAUGGCAAUUCUCAAAAUAGAUUCAUAUACCCAGUCAAAAACUUAUAUAAGCGGUGGUUCAUUGAUACACCCACGAGUCGUGUUGACUGCAAUCCAUUCCUUACGAGAGAAUAACCCAAGCGAUCUAUUGAUUCGAGCCGGUGAACAGGAUUCAGCAACGCAAAACGAACCAUUACCGUACCAAGAAAGCAAAGUUUUGAAAAUAAUCAAACACGAAAAAUUCUGCUAUGACGGACUUUUAAACGACGUGGCACUGAUCAUUCUUACUCAUCCGUUCAACUUUACAGAAAAUGUGGGCACUAUUUGUCUACCCAGCCAGAAUUACGUGUUCUCUGACGAAACAUGCUACGCCAGUGGUUGGGGCAAAGAUAAAUUCGGUAAAAUUGGCAAAUAUCAAACCAAUUUAAAAAAAAUUGAUUUGCCAAUCGUGCCACGUGGUCGAUGCUUGAAACUAUUAAGAAAAACCAGUUUGACCGAGUAUUUCAUACUGCACGAGAGUUUUAUAUGUGCCGGUGGGAUAAAAGACAAAGAUACUUGCGAAGGUGAUGGCGGAAGUCCUCUAAUAUGUCCACUUAAGAACAAUCCUAAACAAUAUCAUCAGGCCGGUAUCGUGGCAUGGGGACUCGGAUGCAACAAUGAGAUACCUGCCGUAUAUGUAAACGUGGCAAAGUUUAGAGAAUGGAUCGAUGAAAAGAUGGCUCAAGAAAAUUUCGAUACGAGCUUCUAUGAUCCGAAUUAUAUUCCCAACACGUCUGCUGGUGACUUCGAAUAGAGCUUGUAUAAUGCGAAUGCCAAUCCACGGGGUUUAUAAUUACAGUGUGCGCGGUAAAACAGAUUCAGAUUUGUA